GGUCUUAACUCGUAAAGCGCUUUAUAAGAGACUGGUAUUAUUAUUAUUUAUUUAUGUAAUUCAUAAUAAAAAACAUAUUCAUGAAUAGAAUUUGCAUAAAUGACAAAGUAAGCAAUUUUCAGCCAAAAAUAUAGGUAAGGUCUCUUCCUUUGCGCAAUAUCUGAGGCGCAUGCCGAGUUUUGUGGUGAUCAGCCAUUUUCGAUAUUUCUAGUUAUUUCCAUGCAUGCAUUUAAUUUGUUGUGAAUAGAUGGACUGCUAUACCCAUUGCCUGCUAACUGCUUGAGGAAAGGACACAAGAUUAACAAAACCCUAAACGCGAAGACAGAACUUAAUGCAUUUGCUCGUUCCUAUGGAGACCGAAUGCCUGACAGAGAGUCUGUAAACCUUCCACAUGGGUUCACAAAGCGAGAGGUGUAUAGAAGAAUACGACAAGAUAAUGCUGAGGUUUGUUCUGAGACUCACUUCAAAAGGAUUUGGAGAAAGGAAGAGCAGCACAUCACAAUCCCCAAGGUGAACCGCUUCUCUAAGUGCGAUGUGUGCACAGAGCUGAAAAUGAAGCUUGGCAAGACAAACGACAAAGAUGUUCGAAGACAAUUGAUUGCACAACAUCAAAAACAUGUAGAGAAACAAAGCAGUGAGAGACAAAAAUAUUACAAACACAUCCGCAAAGCGAAGUCACAGCCAGAGAAAUACAUGAGUGUAAUCAUCGAUGGGAUGGAUCAGCACUGCACAUCAAUACCGCAACUCCAUCCAACACCUAAAGCUCUGAGCUACAAUGAUCAACUGCACACUCACAUCACCGGUGCACUUGUUCAUGGAAGAGGUCAACACGCCUACAUCGAUUUUAACGAGUACCCACAUGACAGCAACCUAACCAUUAAUAUCCUGCUCAACAUCCUGGUCCGUUAUGCCGACUCUCUUCCACCAGUCCUCUACCUACAGCUGGACAACACUUCUAGGGAGAAUAAGAAUCGACAUCUCUUUUCUUUUCUGUCCCUGCUCCUUGAACUCAAUAUCUUCAAGAAGAUCAAAGUUGGCUUCUUGAUGGUCGGUCACACACAUGAGGACAUCGACCAGUUCUUUUCAAGGAUUGCAACUCACUUGAAGAAAAGGAGCACCCCAUCUUUUCCAAAACUUCUGCAAGCUAUUCCCGCCGCUUUCCACAAAGCUCACUGCCCUACAACAGCGGAGCGCAUCUUACACCUCUUUGAUGUUCGCAAAUGGCUUCUUCCCCAUCAACACAGCAUGUGCUAUCACAGUAAACCACACAUAUUCAAAUUCGCACUGCACCAAGGAAAAGCCACCCUACAAACAAAAGACUGGUCAACUACACCACAUUGGAGAGACACCACUGGCAUCAACCACAUCCUGUCAUCACAUCCAGACGGACAACCAACAUUGGUAGAGAAGUCAUUUGCGGACAUCAAUAUCAUACAUCUACCAGACAAGCUCCAGCCAUACUUGGAAGAAGUAGACAUUGAGGCAUGGAGGUCCCUCUAUGAGCUACUCACCUUGGAAGAGGAGGAGAAUGAAGAAGAUUCAACAGUGAGAUGGCCUAUAUGCGAUCUACUGAUAAUGGCCAAACAACCAACUGACAGACCACAGCUUGAGGAGCAUGCUUGCAACACAGAGGAUGAAACAUUCAGACAGGUUCACAUAGGACCCAAAGUAAAGGAACAGAGGACAGAAGUUAGGGAGAGAGACAUGGUGGCAACAUAUCUCCCAGAGUACUCGACACACUGGCCUCAAGUUGGCUGCAUUCGCAGUGUACAUGAAGACAAGUCCCUACAGAUCGAGUGGUACACAGGAACCUUGACUUCUAAGUGGAAGGAGGUAAAGGUACCAGUCAAAGGACAAAAGGGCAGGAAACAGCUUUGGGUUGAGACUAUUGAUUCUAGUUCUGUGAUUCUCCCUCCUUUCUCACUGACUGCUGGAGAAAAACUUCCUCUUCAAACAGUGAAUGGUUUGAGAGAGAAGCACAGUAGCUAUUUUCAGUAGCUUUGUAGAUCCUAGCUUAAUUGGGCCAUUGUAAUUGCCUUAGCUAUCAAAUAAUUGAGCAAAAUAGUAGGCCUAUUGGUUUCAAUAAAAUUGGAGUAAUAUUUUUUGGGGGUGGGGGCUGUGAAGCACAAGUGGAGGAGCUUUUUAAUUUCACCAGAGGGUCCUUAGUACAAAUCUUAGUUGCAUGAGAUUUACAAUCUAUAUGAUUUAAACAGAUGUAAUUUUAUCUUUUUUAAUAUUACUGUAAUAUUUUGAAUUGAAAACUUACAAGCUUAUUCCGCUGCCAGACAUGGCCGGAUCAGAAAAUGUACAAGUAACGGAUGGUACUUUUGUUUAAUCCGUCAUGCGGCUGUCACACUUGAGGAACGGAUGUCGUUUUUUGGCAUCGGUUGAUAUCCGUUAAAAUGGUUUCAUGUCCUUUUUGUCUCGCCUGCGUAGCAGGAGCCAGGCAUAGGCGUCACUUUUUACACCGGCGGUGUCGGCGUCAACAAUUAUGUUGUACACCCAAUAACUUUCUAUAUCUUCGAGCUAGGAUCACCAAAUUCUUACCAGUGGUACAUUUCUUGAAGACUCAGGUCAAGUUCGAAUAUGGGUCAUGGUCGACAAAGUUCAAAGGUCAAAAGGUCAAUGAACUUAAUAUACAAAGCUGUACUUAUGCUGUACACACAAUAACUCUCCACAGCUUUGAAGUAGAAUCGUGAAAUUCAUACCAGUGGUACAUCUCUUGAAGACUCAGAUCAAGUUUGAAUAUGGGCGAUAUCCGACAAAGGUGAAAGGUCAAAAGUUGUUGUUGUUGUUUUCCAGUUUUUA